AUGGAUGAUGGAAAUGAAAAAAAACGUGUUAUUCUUGAUAAUGAUCAAGAAGAAGUUUAUGAAAAUCCACCCCAUAUAUUUUUUUGUUUAUGUGGACAAAUGGCAUUGAUUUUAGAUUGUGCAAUAGAAUAUUUACCAUUAAGAAAACGUGAUCGAGCACGUGUUAUUGAUUCUAAACAACAUGCACAUAAGAAAUUUUGUAAAGAUGAAGAUACCCCAGCUUAUAUUCGACGAAAAGAUGAAGGUAUCGAAACACAAUAUCGUAAAAAAUGUCUAAAAUGUGGUCUUUCGUUAUAUUAUACACAUACAUUAAAUAGUCCAAUUACAUUUAUUUUCGAUGGUGCUUUAUCUACAGAAGCAAAUGAUGCAUCGAAUAUCUAUAAUCAAGUAUUAGGUUCGGAACCGAAAAAAGUUAUUAAAAAUAUUAAACGUGAAGAUCGUGGAAAGACAUCAUCUGUAACUGUAUCAACAUUAGAUGAAGAAGAAGAAGAAUUAGAAGCACGUGAAAUUGCUAAUUCGUAUACACAAAAUGCACGUGUUAUUGAAAAACAACUUGAAAGAAAAGGAAUGAAUAAACGAAAAGCUAUUGAAGAGGCUGCACGACGUGAACAAGAAACUAAACGAGCUAAUAUUAGAGGAACAUUAAUUGAUAAAUAA